AAACAACUGAGCUAAGGAUGAUGAAACUUAUGCAACUUACUGUGAUUCUUUCUUGCAUUAUAUGUCUGACAUCUGCUAUAAAUCUAACCAUGGCUAUACAACAGAGAAAAGCGGUUUGCACAUUAAAUUACUCGUAUGGAUCGUGUCAUAGCAGGACAAUCCGAUGGUUCUACGAUUUCGUAAGUGAUCGAUGCAUGAAGUUUAUCUAUAGUUCGUGUGGCGGUAAUCAGAACCGCUUUAAUAGUCGCUAUGAGUGUAUAAGCUACUGCAUGAAUCCGGCCAACAGAUACAACAUGCAGGAUUUCGAAAACGAAUAUUUCUAAAAACAAAAUAGAAGUGCAAAUAAAAAACAAAAUAAAAAGGUGUUUAAAAAAUACAUA